AGUUGAUGUAUUUUUGAAAAAUCACAUGUAAGUCACUGCGAAGUUCUAUUUAUUAUUGUCAUGACAACGACCCAAGCUGCUUUGCGACAAUUUGAAUGCAUGAAAGUGAAGUAUUUUUGAAAUGUCUUAUGAGGACAAUUCUAAAAACUUCAUGGAAGAACUACCCACGAAAUCAAAUGAUGGUCUGAUAAUUUUAGAUAUACAUUGUUUACAGAUGAAUCAGAUGAUGAAUUCCUUAUCGCCAGGCCAAAUUGUAUUCACGAACCUCCCAUUGCUUCAGACGGGAUAGUGAGCAAUAAAACUGAUCACAACAAGGAUAUUAAAGACGAUUCGUCACCAGGAGGUUUUUUUUCAGCAAUCGAUGCGGUAGAAAAGUUAGGAUAUGAAGGAAAGUUGAGCAGUGUUCAAAUCGCUCAAAUGAAGCAUCGUUUCUUCAAACUUAGUGGCCUUCUUUCUAAGUAUGUGCAUUCAUUGAAGUUUCUAGGUUGCGCAAAGCGCACGGCUGUUGGUCUUUGCUAUAGACGAUUGAUGUAUGACCAGGUUGCUACUUGUUAUCAACUUCGUGUCUAAAAUCAAAACCCACUAAAAAUUGUUUGCUCGGAGCAAUAAGGCUUUCAAUAAAGGUUUGUAGUAGUUUUCAAGAGUGCCAACAAAUACAUCUUACCACAGCCAUCAACCGCCUUCUUGUCUUUGACCUACGGAGAGGUAUACUCUGGUAACUGGCACGUAGUCUUCCUGUAGUGUUGAUCAUAGUCAAUCGCGACUCGACACCAACUACGAGCUGAUCAAGUUUUAUUAACGAAAAUAUAAUUUUAAAUGAUAUGCAUUUAUCAGCUACCUACAUAAAUCUUAGUGAACCGAGCUGCGCCCUACAAUCUACCACUGAUUGAUUUUUUGUAGUUAGAGUAGUGUAAUCAAUAUUUAAAUACUCCACUCAUUUUUAUUCAGUCGUUACUUCUGUACCUGUUAUUGCAGAACAAUCUAGUUCAGUUUUGAAUAUAUGAAAUAACAGCGCAAGAUUUCUGUUCAGUCAGUGGUCAGCAGACAAGUAAUUUGUUCCGAGCCUAUAAACUUUUGGGUCAUUAUGUUUCUGGACAAUAGGUAGCUCAGUGUUACUCACUACAUGUGCAUCUUCACUAUGGUGGUUAAUAUUAACAGUAAUACGCUUGCAUGCAUUCAAAUUUUAAACCAUCUAGAUAAAUUCUUCAGGUUAUUUUGAAGCUAUAAACUCCUACAUUCGUUUUUUAUUGCUCUCUGUAUCUUGAUAACAUUGGUUAAUAACAAAAUCGGUGGUGAUAAGAAACUAAUAAGGUUAUUUGCAUCCAGAAGAAACAACACUUUCAACGCGCAGCUUUCCAGCUAGACAACUUGGAGUUAAUGCGUAAGCUUUUAUGAUGCACAAUUAGGAAAUCAUUUAUGCAUACUUAUAAGUAAGUUGCCCCCAAUCCCAACAUCACCUAAUUAAGGUAACAGCCCACUGUAUGUAGCUUUAUUGAUGGUUUGAAUGAAGUCAUCGAAGACCAUAUUUAUAUAUGGCUUUUGAUUUUUAAGAGCACAUCAACUUUCAUGUCCCUUCAGUACGUUAUUGAGACAUGAAUAAUCCGUUUUAAAGCCACUCUGUUUUUCAGGAAGAAAUGAGGUUUUUGUCAACAAACUUAAAGAACUCCUUCUAAAUAACAUUUUAUGGAAUAAUAACAACCACGUUGGUUAAGUUUCCAGGUCAAUAGUAACCAGGUUUUUGUCUCAUGCUUGUUUUGAAAACAGAACUUACUAUGAUGUUGUUUCAGCCUUUUAGUAAUCUACCUUGGAUUACUGAUAAACUAAAAUACAUAUUUAAAGAAUUCGGUAUAAAAUAUUCUAGCUCCUUUUGCAAUCUAGGAUGUGUUCAAGGAAUCCCAUAAAUUUACCCUGUUCAAGCUUGUUUAACAGACCAGACGCAUCUAGUUCUUUAAUGGUAACAAUGUUCACAGUGUUUACUCUUUAUGAGUCGAAUGGGGGCGACGCUACGGUAUAUAUAUUGCUAAAGUAAUUUGAGAAUACUUAAGCUUUACCAUAAUGGUCUUCUAUUAGUGAUGCAUUACUACUGUCCCCCUCCAUAAUGCCGAGGUACUGUCUCUUCUCUUAGUCCUCUGAUGUAUGCACGAAUAUAAGCCAUUAGUUUAUUCUGUAAACUCCUUCGCCAGCUUUGCCCCAUACAACCUUCUGAACAUUCACUGGGACAAGAAAUAGAUAGUUUUGGCUCUCUGAUAUUGAAAAUGUUUUUAAUCGGUGCUCUGUAACCCACAUUUAUCCCAAAUCCAUCUACUUUUGCGGAAAAGGAUAAGAACCUCCUCACUGAACUAUGAUGAGGAAUUUUUUGGAUUCUUUACUAAAGUCUAAAGAAUGGGCGUUGCUGUAACUUUUAUAAACUAAUUUUUGAGUACCUACCAUGCAUUUUUAAUUGGCGACUCUGCUAGUUUUUAUAAGAAUUUUAAAAAACCCUUUAAUAUAAUUGAGUUGCGAAUAUGCAGUUUCCUUUUUCUGUUCAACGGAAACGAACUUGUUGAUAACCAUAAGUUUGUUGGGUUGGCGCAAACAAUAAUCUGAAUCAUUAAAUGAUAACUGAAUGUUUUGUAUUUGCGUUAGCCACCGUAUAUGUUUAGCCUUCUAAACAUGAGGUUACUUUCCAGGUAAACAUGUACUCAUACUUAUCUUUGUAUAGUUUUUCGGCCAACUAACUUGAUGUUUUUGCCGUUUUAUCUGUUCACAAAAUAUUUUAUUUCACACUCUCCCAGAUUACAUCUAGAUUUACUGAUUUGCGUUGAUACUUGGAAAAAAAACAUUCUUUCAAAGCUGACUAAUUGCUUUGUUCCGAUUUGGGUCUGCUGAUGAGUACCCAUCGCUGAUUCAGUUAAAGAAUCAACUCCUGAGUGUCUUUAUUCUUUAUAGGAUUCAAAGUUUCUUUUUAACUAACAUUUAUGUCUAUGUUAGCUUAUAUCAUUUUUUGUAUAUUUUCUUCUCAAAUAAUCAAACAAACAGAAUAAGAGAUAACGAAUUCAAUUUGCUACAGUUAUCUAAAAAAAUGUCCAUUCAACUGGAUAGUUUAAACGAAUCAUUAUCAAAAGCUGACAAUUAUCCUGAAGGUUAUAAUACAAAAGCAGAUAAACUGCGUGAACAACUCUUGAAUGCAAAUAAUCGUCUAUUACAAAUUGAAGAAAGAAAUGAUGAAUUAAAUUAUACCAUAGAAAGCUUGAAAGACGAAAAACGUAUGCUACAAAAUGAAUAUAAUCGUAUGCCUAAAGAAGAGGAUGUUAUUAACCUGCGAAAACAAUUAGAAAAAUCUGUUAGUGAAGUGAAAAGCGAAAUGAAUAAACGAUCUGGAGAAACUAGACAAUUAACACAAACAUUGCAAGAUACAAAGGAGAUGUUAGGACAAAUAAAUAAAUUGAAGAAUGACGCCGAAGAACAAUGUCAAAACUUGGUGUCAGAAAGCGGAGAAAUUCAGUCACAGCUAUUACAAACAAUGAAAGAAACUGAUAAGUUACAAAAACAAAAGGACGAAGUAGAACGUCUAAAAACUGAAACGUCAGAUGAACAGUUGAAGUUACAAGAUGAAAUGAAAACAUUAGAAUCACUUCGUUUACAACUUGAAUUAGAAAGUGUGAAACUACAAAACCAGUCUACUAAAAAACAGAAGAAACUGUAUGAUUUACAAUCGCAGCAUGAAGCUGUAAAUAUGCAUGUUUGCCAAUUAGAACAGAAAAAUACAGAAAUGACGCAGCAAAAAACAGAAGCAGAUUUGAAAAUGAGCCAUUUAAAACAAGAACUUUCACAGUUGAAAGAUCAUAUCAAUCAACAAGCACGUUUACGUGAUGCAUUUAUACGUAAAGUUCGUAAAGCUGAUAAUAUACUACAAACAUUAAAAGAAUCUGUUAAGUUUACAAUGAAAACAUGUUCUGAAAAGCACAUGAAUUGUUUGGCUAUGAAACAAACUGGUCAAGAUACUCAAUUAUUAAAGAAACGUGCUCAGUUAAUUCAUGAUAUAAAGAAGCUUAAAGAAAUGUUGCUAAACCAAUGUCAACUUACUGAGCUUGAACAAACUAAACUACGUCAAAGUUUACAGCAAGUAGAUCAAAUGAAUUAUGAUUUGGCUAAUUUGCGUAUUGAACUUGUAGAAUUGACACGUUUGGUUACUAUUAAAUCAGAUGAGAGAGAACAGAAAUCAAGAGAUUUUUUAAUUGCUCAAUCACGAUACACUCGUAUACAAGAUGAUAUUAAGUCAAAGCAAUUGCAAAUAAAUGAAUAUGAUAAAUCACUGAAUAGUACACAGAAAAAAUUAAAAGAUUUCGCUCAUUUAUAUGAAGCAAUUAAAGAAGAACGUAAUAAUUGUUUAAGUUCUAUUCAAUUAUCAAAUCAACAUAUACAAGAAUUAAGUGAAAAACUACGUAUAUCUGCAAAUGAAAUAGACAUUUUAAAGAACAAUUUAGUUCACAAAGAAGAACUAACAAAUAAACAACGAAAAAAUAUUGAAAAAGUUAUUGCAGCUCGUGAUCUGUUACGUAAUGAAUUUUCAAAAUUGAGUUGUACUAUUAAAGAUAAUGAAGAGCAAAAGGAACGAAUGAAACAAUCAAUCCAUAGGCAAAAUACAAUAAUUACACAAACAACGAAACAAAUAGAAAACUUAAAAAAUGCUAUAGGUCAUGUGAUUAAAGUACGCAACUCUCAAGCCAUUGAAAUGGUUGAACGUAAUGAAGAAUUCUGUGUUCUACAGGAAAAAUUAAAUCUACAAAAUUCCACGCUUAAUGAAGGUGAAAUUGAAAUGAAUAAAUUAGAAGAUGAAAUAAAAAGUUUACAAUUAAUCAAAAAUGAUUUAAAAAGAAAAAAUGAAUUAUUGAAAAAAGAAGGUAAAGAAAAAGAAAAGUUACAAAAUGAAAUUCUGUCUAGUCAGUUACAGUUGGCUGUAUGUCAAAAUCGUGUAGCAAAGUUAGAAAAAACCGCAAUUUCACCGAAAGCAUUUUUAUUGGAUAAUGAAACUGGUGUUCCAAUUAAAAAAGAUUUAAUUAAAUGUAAAAAUCAAAUGAAUAAUACUAAUAUAAUUAUAUAUGAAUCACGUUUAAAUGAAUUAAAUGGUAAAAAUGAAGAUACAGCUGAAUUAAGAUGUAAAAUUGAUAAACUUGAAAUUCAAAUAUUUUCUCGUGAAAAAAAACUAUUAGAAUUAAAUUUAUUAUUAGAUGCAAUUAAAUGUUUAAUAAAUAAACUUGAAAAACAAGUGAAUAUGGGCAAAGAUGUAGCACUAACAUUGGCUGUUAAGACGAAUGAACAGAAAGGUACAACUGUUCAAACUACAAAACGUUUAAAAGCAACAACAGCUGAAUUAACUAUGUUAAUGACUACAGCAUUUGAACUUGAACAACAAGUAAAGGAACGUCGAACUUUUCUUAAAGAGUGUUAUCAACGCAUGGAGGCCGGGAAUCCUCCUACAGAUGAUGUUAUUGAAGAAUUAGAAAAAUAUAAUAGAAUAGACCAGUGGAAAUCUGAAAGAGCAAGAAUUUCAAAGGCUUUAGAACUAGAUGACUACUGGACUACAGCUCCGGAAAGACCUAACGCCUACCUGAUUUAUCGUAAUGUAUCAAACAAAUCCUAUGAGAACCCACCAAAUACAGCCCCCAAUCCUGGUAGUUCAGAUGAUCAAAUGUCUAGUCCAAAAACAAACUCAGUUUUGAUACCAUAUGGAGCUCAUGCACCAUUCCGACCUAAUGAUCCUAGUUCACAUAUGCGUCAUUUUCGAAAACCAGAGUUGAAACCCGUUGAUACCUAAAAUGUGUUUUUUCUUUUAAUCAGUCUACUUCAUAGAUAUUUUAGUAAAUUAUGCUACUGUAUCAUUUAUUUUCGUUGUCUGUACUCCAUUAUUUAAAAUAUAUUGUUUAUUUAAAA